AUGUUCAUCACCCUCUACUUCGUAGUCUCUCGCCUCCCUGACUCUCUUCGCUCUGUCAGGGACCACUUUCUCUCCCUUGACCCCACCUCCCUCACUGUUGACCUCCUCGAGCAGCAUCUCCUCGCAGCUGAGACUAGUGCAGUUGCUGUAGGUGCUGCUCGUGGCACUCCGCGCCCGCCCUUCUUUGAGGGGACGUCGGUGCUGCUUCGACUAGUGCGAAGCGCCGCAGCAGCAAGGGCAAGGGUGGCAGGGGUGGUGGAGGUGGCAGCGGUGGUGGUGGAGGUGGAAGCGGGAGCGGUGGUGGGGGGAGCAGUGGAGGUGGUGGAGGCAGUUGAGGUGGUGGCGGCGGUGGGACUGGUGGCGGGAGUGGGGGCUCUGGUGGCGGCGGUGGAGGCAGCGAAGGGAGUGGCGGCAGUGGAGGCGGUGGGACUGGUGGUGGUAGCCCUCUAG